UUUUCUUUCCCUCUAUUUUUUUCUUCUCCUUACUUCAGCUGUUCCUUCCAGCUUCUUUCAAUGCUUGGCUGUUCUCCCAGGGCAAAAGAAAGAAGAGGAGGAAGACAACUAGACAAGGUUCUAGGAACUUCUAGAAACGAGCCAGCUAGGGCUGUGUGCUUCUAGCUCUUGCCCUGCAGCCUGAACUGCAAGGGAGUUUUGGACCGGUCCCUGCCUCUCCAGGAUGCAGGUUCCUGUGGGUUUUCUCUCCAAGCUCUGGAGCUUUGUUUCCUUCCUGCCAUUCUUCCUCUUGCUCCUCCUCCUUGGUUCCAUCAAAGGUAGGUUUCAGCUGUGCUAAUUGGUCCAAUUGCUGCCGCCAUCAUCUUUUUGGGGAAUUCUGCUGUUAUUAUCGGCCUGUGGCCUGCUCAUUUCAUAUGGACAUACUACUGUGUUCUGAAGUAUGAGCGGAGCGUAUUGGACUAGUUUUGAAGAUCCUUGCUGCGAUACUGCUGCCAUUGCCUUUGCUCCUGUUGCCAGUACUUGCUAUUUCUGGGAGCCUUCUGGGUGGUAUAGGAUAUGGAGUUUUCAUUCCACUAAUGGCAACUUUCGAGGCUGUGGGUGAGGGUGUCGCGGACAAGCUCACCCAUUGUUUUUUGGAUGGCACGGUCAGUACAACAGCCGGAGCUUGCACGGUGGUGCGUGAUGCUACCGAUUUCUGCUUCCACUCAUACUUCUCUCUUAUGGAUGAGCUCAUAAGAAAAUUGGGAGAUAAUGAAACUCCUCUUGACAUCAAACUGUCUUAUCUACCACACAGCAUGCUUGCUGUUCUUAUUGCUGUUCCUUUCGACGUAUUCAUGAUAAGUGGAGUGGCAUUGUGGAAAAGCCCCUGCAUGUUGUUGAAAGGAUGGCAAAGGCUGUGCGAGGACUUGGUUGGAAGGGAAGGACCGUUUCUAGAAACAGUCUGUGUUCCUUUCGCUGGUUUGUCUAUCAUAUUAUGGCCACUUGCUGUAAUUGGGGCAGUAGUUGCUUCAUUUCUUAGCAGCUUCUUUUUUGGUAUGCGUGCUGGAUUAAUUGCUUAUCAGGAGGCUUCUCUCCAAAUGGGACUAGCAUAUAUGGUUUCAGCAGUAGCAUUGUUCGACGAAUACACAAAUGAUAUGCUUUACUUAAGAGAAGGCUCAUGUUUUCCAAGGCCCAAGUACCGAAAAACCGAUAGGAUGAAUAACGAGACUGGUCAGAACAAUGAAGUGCGCAAUGCUACAUCUCCAUUGGGAGAAAAGAAACACCACCAUAAAACCAUGAAGGCUUUGCAGCGAUCAAAGACAUUUAUGGAAGCUAUCCAGCGGCUUAGACCAAUUCAAAUAUGGGAUUGGCUCUUCCGAUCUUGUGAGCUGAAUGGAAGGAUAUUACUGGGUGAGGGAUUGAUUAGUGCUGAGGACAUGGAAGAAUGUAUCAUCAAAGGAAAAUGCAAGAAAUUAAGCAUAAAGUUGCCUGCCUGGUGCAUCCUUCAAUGCCUGAUACGAUCUGCAAAACAUGAUUCGCAUGGUUUGCUCAUAUCUGACGAUGUUGAAGUGACAAACUUCAACUGGCCUAAAGACAAAGUGUUUGACUGGAUGCUUGGACCACUUCUUGUUAUUAAGGAGCAAAUGAAGCAAUUAGAGCUAACUGAAGAUGAGGAACUAUGCUUAAGGAGGCUCAUCAUGACAAAUAACAAUGAUAAACCAUCUGACUGGGACGAUUGUGGUUUCCCGUCAAGCGAUAAUAUAAGGAGAGCUCGGCUGCAAGCGAUAAUCAGAAGGUUGCAAGGCAUUGUUGUCAAUUUGUCGUGGGUACCGAGCUUCAGGAGACGAUUCAUCGAUCUGGUUAAGGCAUUGUAUCUCGAGGCGGUCGAGGCAGGCGCGAUCGACGGCUCAAGGAGCGUGAAGCGCAAAAUCGAGGCUGAUGCUGCUUCUGCUCCUGGAAGCAAGUUUGAUGACAAAGAUGGGGAGGGCUCAUCAAAGGGCGCAGCAGCAGUGGGCAUUGAUGCAGUGUGAUAUCUACUGUUUGUGUACACGAAAUUUACCUGGCUUCCAUCAUGCAUUCUGCUGGGCCUUUUUUUUUUCUGGUAACUGCCUAUGCAUGUUAAUGUACUGGAGACAUCCUGUAACUCUGUAAGAGAUGGCAGAAAAGGGUCCUAUUUGGCUGUAUGGCACCUCCAAGUCUCCAACUUCAAAUCUAACUUCAAAACAUUUUGGAGUUGGAUCUGGGAUUAGGUUAGGUGCUAAUGUGAGACUUUCUGUUCAUACUUUGUAUUAAGAUUAGAUUAUUAAUUCACUUUAAUUUAUUUUAAA